AAGCUCUAUAACAUCAGUCAUCAGCUCGGAUUUUCAUUGUCGACCAUGUAAGGAAGAAGAACAAACAAGGUGCAACCGGUGCAUCAUGUUUUGCCCUGAGUGUGGAAAUCAGGUGGAAAGGUCGUAUAAAUUCUGUUCUGAAUGUGGCUUCAAGUUAUCGCUUUUGACUAAAACUAGGACCCAAAAUGUGGCCACGUCAGCAUCUCAGCCCUCAGUCACCACUGAGAAGAACCCAAAAGAGGGUCAAGACCAGGUUCCAAAGGAUGUAAAAGAACAAGAAAACACUGUCCAGAUAAAGGGGCAGUCAGCUAGUGAUGACUCAGAUCCAGCCAGAGAUGAUGCAACGCAGGACCCAUCAAAUAACACAGAUGGCCCAGCAGCAGUGGAAACCAGAUCCACAGCCUCAUCCCUCCACCAGACACAUGGCAAUUUAGUUGCUACAACACAAGUCACAGGGACUAGAAAGGAGGAAGAGAGGCUAUCUAGAACAGCCGCUAGAAGUAAGACACCGCCCUCUCCUACACCUCUCCUACACGACAGUGAUAAACUGACAGUGCAACAAACAGAGGACCCAUCAGAUAUCAGUACAGAGACCAGCCGGGAUGCAGUACAACGUCCUGCUGACAAGUCAAGUGACAUUCAUUCUGGGCAGUUGUCUGAUGCUACGUCAUCACUAACAUCAACUAAAGAAACCAGCGCCACUGCACCUGAAUCAUCUGAGCAAAUACUUCAAGACUGUGAUUUGGUGGCAAAGCACCCUGCCUCUGGUCAAGAUGAAGAUAAGACAUUCAACCGUGAGACACAAAAUCUCUCCUACAGGCCAAAUGAUAAUGAGAAUCACACCAACACUGAACAGCAUACAGCUGUGAAACAAACUGACAGGAAAGAUGACCAACAAGGUGGAGAUAAGAGCUGUUAUUCAGAUGACCAAAAUACUGAAAAAACUGGAUCUGCUGAUCCAUGUCCAGUAACAAAGGAAGCAGCCAAAAGCACUGAGGCUGUUGACACCAAAUCAGAUGAGAAAGAAAGCCUACACUUGGAGAGACAAGAACAGCAGCCAGAUGUGGCCACGUCAGCAUCUCUGCCCUCAGUCACCUCUGAGGAAAACCCAAAGGAGGACCAGGUUCCAAAAGAUGUUAAAGGACAAGAAAACACUUCCCAGAUAAAGGGGCAGUCAGCUAGUGAUGACUCAGAUCCAGCCAGAGAUGACACUACAACACAGGACCUAUCAAAUAACACAGAUGGCCCAGCAGCAGUGGAAACCAGAGCCACAGCCUCAUCCCUCCACCAGACACAUGGCAAUUUAGUUGCUACAACACAAGUCACAGGGACCCGUAAGGAGGAAGAGAGGCUAUCUAGAACAGCUGCCAGAAGUAAGACACCGCCCUCUCCUACACUUGACAGUGAUAAACUGACAGUGCAACAAACAAAGGACCCAUCAGAUAUCAGUACAGCUGUUGACACCAAAGCAAGUGAAAAAGCAAGCACACAUCUGGAGAGACAAGCACAGCAGCCAAGUAAUGUAGCUGUCUCUAGGUCACCAGCACCCGAGGAGGUGGGUCCUCUAGUGGCAGCAAAUAUCUUGGAAAGAUCUGCUGAACUUCCACAGAUUUCAUCAGACAAUGAAUAUGUGGCUGUGUACUUCCAUGCUGUCACUUCUAAAGACUUGAAUUUGGAUCCAGAAAAAGACUUUGUUGAAGUACACUCUAAAGCAUUGUUUGGAAACUGGGAUCAUGGUCUGAAAAUGUCCUUUUCCAGGUCUCUAGGGGACAAGAGAUAUCUUGUUGAAGGACGGGUUUUGUUUCACAAAAGCAAAAUUCAUGAGAGCAUACCCUACAAAUACGCAGUAUACAAGCACAAGUAUAAGGAAAUCUAUGAGACCAUCUAUCAGAAAGAUGAAAAUCACUUCAUCAACAGGUGCCUGUCAAUCAGACAGGACCUUUUAACAAAUGAAGAUGAGUGGCACCAAUAUGAUGAUGUGAUCCAUCCCAAACUGAAGAGCAGUUGGAUUUGGCAUUCUGCCAAAGAAACUGUAAUAAAAGGGAGAAACCAAGCUGGCGUGGAAAUGCUAAAAAUAAUCUUUGAUCUUCUUACAACCUGGAAUGAACAAAAUGUGAACAACUUCUUUUUAUUGCUACAACAGUUCUUUUAUGCAUACAGCUAUCCUUUGCUUCAUGAUGGCAUGAAAAGACCGUGGCCAUUACAAUAUGGUAAAGAAGAGGUGAAAAUCCUGCUCAAAAAUUUCCUGGAGGAAAACAUCAUUGCUCAGCCAAGCAUGUGGAAAGAAGAAACAGAAUCCCUCUUACCACCUCUGCAUGCAGGAGUUGUUGGUUUGCUUGUCUACAACAAGUACCUGAAAGAGAGCAUGACACAUCAACUGUCUAGUCUAUGCAAUCUUCUUUGCCUGCCUAAAAAACCACAACGGCAUUUCAUCUCAAUCUGGACAGACUUUGUCAGGCCAUUAGCUGAUAAAAAGAGUAUUGCAGAUACUGUUGAGAUGCUUUGCAACAAUGCUAGACAAUACCACAUUGAGAAGUUCAUCUUGGUCAUCCCUCUGAUUCACCUACUGAGAGGAGAAAGUAAGCCUUUUGAGCCAGUUCCACCUGUCUUGAAUCCACAGUUUGACUCCUGGACAGACUUGAAGGGAAGCAAAGGAAUACAUUCAUACAGGGAUGGUAGCUCUAGGAGUCUGAUCAAGAUCAUGAAAGAAAAUGCAUACCUGCUGGACAUUGACCGUCGUCUUGUUCGCUCUUGGAUGUCUCUGCUGAGUGUGGAUGAUCUAAUGAGCUUCAUAUCCAGUGUGCAAGUGGACCUCUUAGACAUUCUUUACCACAUGCAGUUCAGUGUCAAAUCUGGAGGACCCCACUUAAACUACAAAUCUUUGAAAGAACUGGCAUCUCAUCUUAUCAACAGAGAAAGAAAUCGCAGUAAAAGUUUUGAUGACCAGUAUGGAGAGUGCUGCCUGAAAACUGCAGUAAGGCUUCUCGGUUCUGUCUGCUCUCACACAAAUAAUUCAGACUGCUGGGAUGUCCCUCUUGACUUCCUUGAUCUCGUCUGUCUGAUUGCCAAGUCAUAUGACCACGCUGAUUCCCAGUCAAGAGUGAGAAUUCAUGAAGAAUCAAUUGGGGAGACAUUAGAGACAGUGAGAAAAUGGCGGCGAAAUACCUUCAAAAACAAGCUGGUUAAUCAAUGGAAAGCACAGUUUUCUGUACCACAUGAAAUUAAGGUAUGGGACAAGUUACUAUCGCUAUCCUUCAGUCAUGACGAACACACUUCAUUCUGGAGAAACACAUUCAUGGCAGAUUUUGAGGGAAAACUAAAAAAAGAACAUCUAGUGGAUCAAAUUGGAAUAUACUCCAACAAGAUGGAAGAAAUGAGCAAGACAAGUCCAUCAUUAUGCAGUGCAAUGGAGAAAUGUGCACUGGAGGCAGUUGCUGCUCUUUGUCAGGAUAAAUCUGGUAGAGCUAUUUCAGAUCUGUUGGACAAACAUGAUAUCACAAAGUUUGGGAAGCUGAUGUCUGUUGUUGUGCUGAAGACAUGGCCCAGAGAUACCAAUGGAGUAUACGUUGAAGGCGAGGACUUGAUAUUUGAGUACCUUGUUAACUGGCCCAUGGCCAAAACUGUCCUCCAAAUGACAGGUGCAAGAGGAAGACUGAUUGACAAAUUGUCAGAUGAAGCACAAGUCAGGAUGACUUUGGCCAGUUCAGCAUUAAAAUCUGUGGCAGAGAAGUUCCUCAGUGGAGAAAUCCAAAUUAAAACUUUAAACCAAAUCCUCCACAAAGAUCGUGAAUUCAUUGACUUGUUGAAGAUAGAUGGUCUCUGUGAUGAUGGUCGUUGUAAAGAUGAGAGAAACAUGAGAAGAUUACUGCGAUCAAGAAAAGACGAAGCAGAGGCUGUCCACAGAGAGAAGGAGCUGGUCAAGGGUCUUGUACAAAUCUGCCAGGAGCUCCCCCAAAAUGUCAAAGUUGACUUCAAGGGAUUGGACAGAAAACUUCAUCAGAACAUUGAGAUGUUGAACCUGAAUGAAUUAAUGAAGGUUGACGCUCUUGAUGAACAGACUUCUUCUGAAACUGGGAAGGUCACUUAUUUUAACCUUUGUGAUGUCAACCGUCAAAUGGCUUCAGAACUGCAUGACAUUAAAGACAGCUCAAUCUUUAAAAUGUGCUGGAGGACCCAAGUAGAUGAGUUGUCGAGAGACCAACCCGAUACAGAGGACACUGAACAUCUUGAAGGAAAUGAGGAAAUCUACACGCUUGACCAGGUCUACAGCCAAAUUUUCCAGGGCUGCUACAGCACAUACAAAGGGCUUUAUCAAAGUCUGAAGAGUGGAGAAGUUUUACUGGAGGAAAUAGACAGCAUGGUUGAGGUCUAUAAAGGAAAGUAUGAAGACUUGCGGAAAGAUUUAGACAUCAUGUGCAGAAUAGAUCUGCAGGACAACAGAAAAUGGAUUAGAGGGAGGAUUGACCAGAUUCGACACUACCAUGACCUUAAUCUUGCAAUGGAAUCUGCCAAAAUCAUCAUGGGUAUCAGGAAAACAAUAUGUCCAAAGGGAGACUUCAAAAUACUGGAAAGAUUGCUGCAAAUGAAUGAAGCUGACUUCAAGAAAAACAGCCUGGACUGCAUAGAUGAUACCCUCAUAAAUGCCAAAAAUGUUCUGAAGGACAUCACAGAGAAUCGCAGGAAAUGUCUUGAGGAACUCAGUCUGAGACAAAACUUUGUGCUGUGGGUUAAAGAAGCACUUACAGAUAUCAAUGAAUUGAAAGUUUUUGUUGAUCUGGCAUCCAUCUCUGCUGGAGAGAAUGACCUGGAUGUGGAUCGAGUGGCCUGUUUUCAUGAUGCUGUCCUUGGUUACUCAUCCAUGCUGUAUGGUCUGAAGGAGGACUCCGGCUUUAAGGACUGUGAGGCAUCGUUGUCAAAAUUGUGGAGGGCACUUGAAAAUGACAGUGACAUACCAGUGAAGCUGCGGGAUACAGCACGUCAUCUGGAAUGGUUAAAGACUGUUAAAGAAAGCCAUGGAUCAGUUGAAUUUUCAUCUCUAUCCCUGGCUACGUCCAUCAAUGAGAGAGGGAUAUACACAAUCAAGGCCCAAAACCAGAAAAGGCUUGCUUUAGAGAGUUCCCUGACACUGCAAAUUCAAGAUGGACAUGAGAAAAACCUGACAUGCACCUAUGAGGACCUGAAGGAAUUGCAAAAUAAGCUUAUGCUCAUGUCCAGGAGAGGGGAACAAAAUCAAAGUGAAGUGGAUCGAUUUGCUGAGGUGUUUGACAGUGUCCAAAGACUUGCCAAAGCCUUUGUAGACCUUUAUGCUGCAGGGAACCCACUCUUCAGAUGUUGGGAAGCUAAGAUUUACUGCAAACGUCAGAGUGAUCCAUGCAUCAUUAUGGAAAUCAAGUUUUGCAAGACCCUGCAUUCCAUCCAAGUGUGUGGAAGUCUAGUUGAACAGCUUACAGUACUGUCCAAGAAGAUGGAGUUGUUUCUUGAUGACUGGCAGAACUUCAUGGACAAACAGAGAUCAGAUCACUAUUACUUAAACUACUUCACAGCUGAGCAAAUAUUUUACCUGUGCAGUGUUGUAAGUCAGACAAAUGUAAAUGCAGAAAUAGAGGACAACGCUUUGAUGAUGCUCUCUUUCAUCAAACCAAACUGCACAACAUCAGAUGUCUGGACCACAUGGGGAAGAUUUUACAACCAGUUUCAGUCUGGCCAAAGGCUGAAUGAAUGCAUUCACUUUCAAAGCCACUUUCUUCACCAGGGUGACAGCAGUAUAUCCUCACCUGAUCCAACAGACAAGCCAGACCAGACCAUUGGGUUGAAAGAACUGGAGGAGUUGUGGAAUGGCUACAUGAAGAAUGAGAAAAUAUUUUUCCAUGACCUCCUGGACAUAAGGAGUUUAGGGGGGUUACUAAAAACUAUGUCUAUCACAGAGGACCAAAUUGAAAAUGAAUGGGAAGAGCCAGUGCUCUCAGAGACAAAAGACAAUUCACUUAGAAGAAGGCUCCCAAAAGGCCUUCUCUCAAACCAACCUAAUCUCAUAAUCUGCCCACACGAUGAGGUCCUGACUUCAAGCAUCUGCUUGUACAUGACCAGUGAAUAUGAGCCACUGCCAAGUUAUGAUGAGGUUCUCUUGUGUACCCCUGCAACAUCGCAUGAGCAAGUCGAGCUUUUUCUGAGGAGAUGUCUCACACCAGGUGACAUAGGCCAGAAAAUUUACACAAUGCUUUGGGCAGACCAACUAACAUAUGACGUUAGCUGUGCAAUGGAGAAGUGUUUUCAGAAACUACGUUCCCAUGAUUACAGGCUAGUGAUCUUUUGCAGCUCUGACAGGGAACACACUUACAUUCCCACUGCAUUCAGUCAGUUCAAAAGAGACUUUGUGCCACAAGAGCCAUUGGAAAGGAUCCAGAAGUACUUGUCAAGGCAUUACACUGUCACAUCAGCAUACAAAAAUGCCAUGUUCAAACGUGGCCAUUCUGUUGGUAUUGUUGCUUCCCGACGUGCAGGAGUGGGUAAGUCACUGUAUGUCCAGAGAUUGUUUGAAAAGCUGGAGGGAAGUGUUGAACCAGGAACUGCAUGCAGGAAGUGCAUCCGACUAACUGAUCAUGAGGUUGAUGACCACAAGGUUCUGCAGUCUUUGUAUGACACACCAAAACAAAAAGAUAUCAGAGUGUUUCACUUUGAUGUCAUGUCCUCGGUGCAAAAAGGCUUGAAUGAAUUCCUAUUCAAGCUUCUCUUUUUGCGUUACCUGAUGGAUUCAGAUGGACGGAUGUGGCAUUGCAGCCACAAAGACUUGUACAUAAUCGAGUUACUGGAAUCUCUGAAUGAUCAGCCCAGACAUGCCCCCAGAUCAGGUCGAAAGGAAAACUUUGCAUUUUCGGACAUUUUCCCCAAGGUGUUUUGUCGUCCACCAAAGGAGGUCCAGGCUUUGGAGAUGAAGAGAGAAGAAAAUGCUGAUAUGGAGAGUGAUGACCCCCUCAUGGAUGAUGAAUGUUUCAAGAGUGAAGCUUACCAGAGACCAUACCAAUAUCUCACACGUUUUCACAACAACAGUAAUCUUGACAAUUUCACUUACAAGGGCAUUGAAGGGAGUCAUGCAGAGUGUCUUCAGAUACUCUUAAUCUACUGUGGCAUAAUCGAUCCAUCAUGGGCGGAGCUACGUAACUUUGUCUGGUUCCUUAAUCUUCAGUUGCAAGACUGUGAGAACUCAGUCUUCUGCAAAUUUGAGUUUGUUGGAGACACUCUUUGUGGGUUCAAAAACUUUGUAGUUGAGUUUAUGAUCUUGAUGUCCAAAGACUUUGCAACCCCAUCACUAUGCAUCGCUGACCAGAGCCCAGGGAGGCAACAAGUUGACAUCAGCGGACUUAAUGAAAGGGACUUGGCUCCAUUCCUCAUCAGAAAAAGGUGGGAGUCUGAACCACAUCCAUACAUCUUUUUUAAUGAUGACCACAUGUCCAUGACUUUCAUUGGGUUUCACCUCAGGAUUAAUAACCAGAAAGGGGUUGAUGCCAUAAAUCCUUUGACAGGAGAAGUUAUAAAGAAAAACAUCAUGACUCAAGAGCUGUACACUGGCUUAAAACUACAAAGAGUCCCUUUUAAUAGGAACUUUGAUCAGCUUCCUCGAGCUGACAAGAUUGAGCAUCUCUGUAGUGUACUUGGCAUCAAGUGGCCAACAGAUCCUGAUGAAACAUAUGAAUUGACCACUGAUAACAUCCUCAAAAUGAUGGCAAUCCAUAUGAGAUUUAGGUGUGGUAUCCCUGUCAUCAUAAUGGGUGAAACAGGAUGUGGCAAGACAAGGCUCAUAAAGUUUAUGUGUGAAUUGAGAAGAUGUGGAGCACCAACAGAAAACAUGAAACUGGUCAAGGUUCAUGGAGGAACUACAUCAGAAAUGAUACACGAGAAAGUGAAGGAAGCAGAAACUCUUGCAAGGACCAAUAAAGAGAAUCAUGAAUUUGACUCAGUUCUUUUCUUUGAUGAGGCAAACACCACAGAAGCCAUCAGCAGCAUCAAAGAGAUCAUUUGUGAUAAUUCUGUGCAGGGACAACAACUUGGUUGUCAAACAGGACUGCAGAUUAUUGCUGCCUGCAACCCCUACAGGAAGCAUACAGACAAGAUGAUUGAGAGACUUGAGGCAUCAGGAUUGGGAUACCGGGUCAGGGCUGAGGAAACUGAAGACAGGCUUGGCUCCAUCCCUCUCCGCCAGCUUGUGUAUCGUGUCCAUGUGUUACCCCCCAGCAUGAUUCCUCUUGUUUGGGACUUUGGGCAGCUCAAUGACUCAACAGAAAAAAUGUAUAUUGAACAAAUAGUACAAAGACAGGCAAAAGCCAACUCGAUUGAGGAAUGUGACAUUCCAACUAUAACUAAGGUGAUGUCGUCAUCACAAAAGUUCAUGAGGGAGAGGAAAGAUGAAUGCAGCUUUGUCAGUUUGAGGGAUGUUGAACGAUGCAUGCAAGUGUUUGAGUGGUUCCACAAAAAUCACAAAAUUUUUGAAGUGGCACUUAGAGCAUUCCUUCAAGAGCCAUCUCAAAGGAAAAAAAAAAACAGGUCACAAUUUUCCCCUGCUAGUGACAGAGUAAUCUGGUCACUCUUGAUGGCCGUUGGAGUGUGCUAUCAGUCCUGCUUGGAGGACAGAAAGCCAUAUCAGACAACUAUCAGCCAGUUGCUUCCUCAUGAAUAUGACAGAAAGAGAAUACGGCGGGAGGUCGAACUCAUGCACGAACUCCUACUCAAUGGUGUACCCAUGGGUAAAACAAUAGCCAGAAAUGAGGCUUUGAAAGAGAAUUUUUUCAUGAUGGUGAUCUGUGUUGAGCUAAGAAUUCCCUUGUUUAUUGUUGGGAAACCAGGGAGCUCAAAAUCACUGUCCAAAACCCUACUUGCAGAUGCAAUGCAGGGCCCUGCCUCACAUUCUGAACUCUGCAGGAAGCUGAAACAGAUACAUUUGGUGUCUUUCCAGUGCAGCCCCCAUUCAACUCCUGAGGGAAUCAUCAGCACAUUCAAACAAUGUGCUCGCUUUCAAGAAAAGAAAGACUUAAAUGAGUACAUUUCGGUGGUUGUUCUAGAUGAGAUUGGACUGGCUGAGGAUUCCCCAAAAAUGCCACUUAAAACACUGCACCCAUUACUGGAGGAGGGCUGUGUGGAUGAUGAACCACAACCUCAUAAACGGGUUGGGUUCAUUGGAAUUUCCAACUGGGCAUUGGACCCUGCCAAAAUGAAUCGUGGAAUAUUUGUGUCACGUGGAGAUCCAAGCCAGCAAGAGCUGAUCAAAAGUGCUGAAGGGAUUUGUUCAUCUGAUGAAAAUGUUCUUGAAAAGAUCAGACACCUCUUUGAGCCAUUUGCAAAAGCAUAUAUGAAAGUAUGCAGAGAAGGCAGAGGUUUUUUUGGUCUUCGGGAUUUCUACAGUCUAAUUAAGAUGGUAUUUUCAAUUACCAAAAUCUCUAAUGAGUGUCCUACGGCAGAUAAAAUCACUGCAGCAGUCCUGAGAAACUUCAGUGGAAAAGAUGAUGUGGAUGUGAUGGCCAUAUUUCAUGAGGAGCUCAGGGAAGAUUGUGCAAAUGCCAACAUCACCACCCUUGCUAUGGUUGAGGAAAGCAUCUCAGCUCACCAAGUUCAGGAAAAUCGCUACCUUUUAAUCCUCACAAAAAACUAUGCAGCUCUUCAGAUUCUCCAACAGAUAUUCUUCUCUCACCAAAUCCAUCCAGAGAUCAUCUUUGGGUCUAGUUUCCCAAAGGAUCAGGAGUACACGCAGAUUUGUAGAAACAUCAAUCGUGUCAAGGUUUGCAUGGAGACUGGACAGACAGUUGUGCUUCUGAACCUUCAGAAUUUGUAUGAAAGUCUGUAUGAUGCUCUCAACCAAUACUAUGUAACCCUAGGGGGACAAAAGUAUGUUGAUCUUGGAUUAGGAACACAUCGUGUGAAAUGCAGAGUUCACAAAAACUUCAGGCUCAUUGUCAUUGAAGAGAAAGAGGUGGUCUACGAGCAAUUUCCAAUCCCACUCAUUAACAGGUUGGAGAAACACUACCUUGACAUCAACACUGUUCUCAGAAAUGAGAAAAAGUACAUUGCCGCACAACUACAGGAAUGGGUCGAUGAUUUUGUCUCCUUAAGUAGUCAACAUUCCACAAAAAAGCAAUAUGUUCCAAGUGAUGUCUUCAUCGGUUACCACUCAGACACAUGCUCUUCAGUUGUCUUGCAAGUAACAGAGAAUCAAAGUGUUGAAACAGAUGCUCAGACUACUCUGUACAAAGCCAAAGGCAUUCUGCUGAACUGUGCUACUCCAGACUCAAUCAUUCGUUUGGACAAAUCCAGACUACCUGAUGAAGAAAGAGAACAUUUAACAAAAGAAUAUGUUAAAGAAGAGAUGCACAGAUCACUGGGAGACUACAUUGUCUAUCACACGCAGCAGUUGGAACUGUCCUGCUUCUUCUUCACUGAGGUCACAACAUUUUCCAGGCUGCUGACUGCGGCAGACACUCAACAACUGCAGAAUGUGACAAAGCUUGGUGAUAUCAAGCUGCUAUCACUGCAACAGUUUGACACAGAGUACUCUUUUCUCAAGGAAAUCAGGGAAUUUCUUGACUCAGCACAUGCAGACAAAGUACUCAUUAUCCAAACAGACUAUGAAGACUCGCACAGAAGGAAUAUUCUUUCCUCAGCCAAGUAUUCAUGCAUAAAUGAAAUAAACAAGUGGACCACUACUGACAGCAUAAAGACAUUUGUGUACUUUGUCAUCAAACUUCCUCGCAUUGAGGGUGGGACCUCCUAUGUUGGGUUUCAAGGCGGUCCUUGGAGGUCUGUUCACAUUGAUGAUCUCAGAAGAUCAAAAGAAUUUGUGUCUGAUGUUCAUUCCUUGAAAAAGCUACGCAUGAGUGACCUUUUUGAAGAUCCACCUGAAGCCAUGGAGACCGAAGAGCCCAUCAGUGUUCCACAAAAUGAUGACUCCACUGUUUUGGGAGAUCUGUUUGAUACUGAAGAUCUGGUGAGGAGCUGUGUGCAGAGUGCUGUGAGCAUGCUCAGAGAUGCAGAGGACAGUGGAGAACUCAGCACUAGGAGAAUUGAGAAUCUUCUCACACUUCUGGAUGGAAGUCAGACACAUGGUGUGUUUGCAAACAUUGUGAGGAGGCGUCUUCACUUGCUGUUAGAGGAGUAUGAGGCCACCAUCCCCAGUCCAAAUAGCUGGGUACUAAGUGAGGCAUCUAAUGUCACUGCUCUUCAAGAAGGGGGAACGUUCCUACACACUCUGUGGAAGAAAAUCCAAGCAGUUGUCAUUCCACUUCUGGCAAACUUGAUCUCAGCAAUUGACCGAGAUUGCAAUUUGGACCUAUUGCUGGAUGGUGGGGAUGACAUCAGGAACUUAUGGCUUGAGAUAUUUGGGAGCAAAGAGAUGCUCCAUGUACCUUAUGUCAGAGCUGAAAGCAAGGUAUUCAUGGUACAAAGCCAUACCACAGGUGGAAACACCAUGCGUUGCCUCAUGCCCUUCAGCUGGUGGAUCAAAGACUUCCUGGAUGGGCUCAUGACGCAAACAUCCAGACAUGAAAAUCAUUCACCUGGUCAUUUCCAGGCAUUGUUCUUGAACACUCCACUUGGCAGUUACAUGACAAAAAAUGUGAAUGAAAAAAUGAGGAAAGAAUUUUUCGAAAGGUAUCUAUGGGAUUUUGUUUCCAUGACAAUGAAAGUGACGUCAGAUGAAGAAUUACAGCUCUUGUGUCAGGCCUUGGUCAGCUGUGUUGAUGAAAUAUGUAGACGAAAAAGAGAUGAAGAUGAGCUAUGUCUGCCUCACAUCCACAUCACCUACCAUUUCUAUCAAAGUCGUCUUCAGAACCUCUCUCGGAUGAUUUCUCUUCAGCCUGAAAUUGUUUCUCCUUUGCGAAGAAGCCAGCACAUUAAGCAUUGUCCAGAGAUGGUUUUGGAUGUCCAUGCAGCCCAGGCAUGUGUUGAAUACCUGGUAUCUCCUGAUUUAGAUACUGAUGCUCUCUGCCAGCGCUGGCUGAAGCAGGUGAAAAGGCUGCAAGCUUCUUUGGAGCUGAUUUGCUCUCAACACAACAGCAAACAGUAUGGAGAGCGAUGCAAAGAAAGACUCCAUGAUGUCAGUAAUGGCUGGAAGCGCAUCUACAUCCUCUCAUUGUUUGUGGAACACAUGCUGCUGGGUUUCCAUAGUGAACAGAAUCAGCUCAGAAGACUGGUGCUGAAUCACAUUCAAAGAUUAAGCAGGGUUCUGCAGGGAAACUCUGAUGUAAAAUCAGUGAAAGCUUUUCAAGCUGUGAUUGAAGUUCUGAAGUCCUGUAAGCAAGGGGCAAGUGAUCAGAUUUUCAGGUUUGGACAUCACUGUGAUGUGUGCUUGAGAGAGCCUCAGGACCCAGUGGGGCUGCCAUGCCAUCACAUCUACUGCUUAACAUGUGUCAGGGCCAACCUAGAUGCAGGACAGACUUCAUGUCCCAAAUGCAGGCAACAGUUACCAAAUGACUUUCAGCCACAUGUCUCUGAAGAUAUCAGGGCUUCUUUCAAGAAAAAUGCUGAAUUCAGGCAGCGUUGCAAUGGUUUCUUCAUUGAUAUGCUCACCACUGUGUGCUUCAAGGAUAACACCCCACCAACCCAAGGUGUCAUCAACCAUUUGUUGUCCUACAUGAGGGUUGAAACAGAGGAUAAACAGAUUCACACCAAAGAUCUGUCGCCUUUUGACGAGUCCCCCGAUAACAACCCAGUCGUGCGAUCUGUGAUCCUCAAGCUGCUGCUGAAGUUCAGCUUUGAUGAAGUCAAGGAAUAUUUGCAGCAGCAUUUGUCGUCUGUUGAAGAAAGCAGAUUUGUGGAUGAGGGUGAUAAAGCAGAGCUUUAUGCCUUGUACAUCAACUGCUUGGAGGAUUCCAUGUGGGAGAAAAUGUCUCUGGAUGGCAACAAGCCUGAAGAGUUGAAGCCAUUUUUCAAUAAUGAAACACAGUUCCUGCGUUUCUUUUUGGCUGAAGUCACCUCUGUUCCGGCAACAGUAUCUAUUCAACAUCUACAGCACAUUGCCCAACUGCGUCUUUCCCUCACAAUGGCCACCAGUCCCAUCAGUGACUUUCUGUCUGACAACAAUGUCCCAGAUGGAGCAGAAGAUUUCCUGAACAUGGUAAUUAAGCUCUGUGAGGAGGGGGGGAAUGACUGGUACCGCGUUUACCUGAUACGCAAGCUCAGCGAAUUGCAUGGUGUUGAACUCGUCCAGACGCUGGUGAAACAACCAAAGUUCAGAUGGCUUUUCCCUACAGAGAUCCAUCAGCAGAAUGAAGAUGGAGGCCAGAUGGACCAGUAUCUUGUGUAUGGAGAAGAAUACAAGGCGGUGAGGGAUGCAGUUGCAAAGGCAGUAGUGGACGGUGAUGUCGAGCAGAUAGAAGAAGUCUGCGAGAAAUGCACCGCACCACCAAGGAAUCGAACAGUGUUCAUUCUCCUGGCACUUUUCAGAGAGGUUACGACUCUGUACAGGUCUGCCAACAAAGGUCUUCAUCCCACCCUUGAGCGAUGCCAGUCAUUUGGAGAACUCAUCCAGGGGUCAAGGUAUCUUCAUCAAAGAGAAGUAAGGGAUUUUGCCUCAGCCUUGGUUCACAACAGGUUGGGAGCCCUGACCAUCCAUCCUGGUUACACUAUUGUGGAUAAUGCUGUCAUCGAGCUGACCAUCCAUCUGGCAGCUGUGCUACUCACUGGGACUCCCCCCUUGCUAAUGCCACUAAAGCAACUUGGUCUGUUUCCUGAAAAUAUGCAGGGGGCUUUUAUACCCACAAUGCCUGAUGACAUGUUAGCUGUUGCCCAGGCAGCCAUUCAGCAAGGCUAUGGGCAGCUCACUUGGUAUAUGUGUCCAAAUAAUCAUCCAUGCUUUGUUGAUGAGUGCGGCCUGCCCAUGCAGAGAGGCCGAUGUCUGGAGUGUGGCCUGGAGGUUGGAGGGGAGCAUCAUAUGGCCUUGCCUGGGUUUAGACCAAUUCAGCUCCAGCAGGAUCGCACCAGGCCUGGCCACAUCCUGGGAGACCCUGAACGGAGGAACAACCCAGAUGCCCUGGACACUAAAAACAUGUCUCUGACUCCCUUCACUCUGGUCAGGCUGGUCACACAUUUGGCGAUGUUGCUGGGAUCCUCAGAGAAGUCCCAGUUUGUCCAGAACAUCAUCCAGCCAACUGUGGAGGAUGUUUGUGCGUUUCUCACCCUACACUUAAUAAAGGAUCUGGAUCAGCUGUCACAGGCACUGGGAAAAGGAGCUGAUGACACUAUUACAACUGUCCACUUGGUGCUCAGAUCUCUGCAAGACAUUCCGCAGACCAGUCACUCUGGCAUUGAUCCGCGCUUAACAACCAAAGCAUCCAGGAACUGCUGGGAAACUACCAUGGCUGCAGAAAUGAUGCCUCAGUUGAAGGAUCUUGAUCAACUUCUGCAAGAAGGAAAGGGCAAAAUCAGGACCGAUUCCCGUGUAUCUUCCAACUUCAUCAUGAGGACGACCUUCGGUGAUGAUUGUACUUUCCUGGCGUCGCUGCCACAGGGCUCUCAGGUCCACAGCUCAGCAGUGUGGAGCUGCAGGGAGAGGCUCUCGUUGCUCAGCCUCACACACAUUGUGGACCAUAAUGACCAAAAGGAGGAACUGCCUCUGCUCUGGAGGUUCCUGCAGAAGGAGAUAGAAUUUCGGCAGAUUAAGUUCCUUCCAGACAUCCUAAUCCUGCAAAAACGUUUGGUGAGAAAGUUCCAGAACACAUCUGACCAGAUCGUGGGCUCAAUCAGAGAGUUCACUGAGAAGCAGUCAGACAUGAGAACAUGGUAUGAAAAACACAUUGACAUCUUCCUGAGAACAUGGAAUCUGCUCAGAGUGUCUGUAACCAGCACUGAGAUGAAGAUUCCAGAUGAAUUUUGCAGUGAGGACUUGGACUUGAACAGUGACCUACAGUACCUCCUGCCCCGGCGGCAGGGUCCAGGCCUGUGUGCCACAGGGUUGAUCAGCUACCUUGUGGGACUACAAAAUGAGCUUGUGUAUGCUGUGGACAGCUACACCGGAGAGGACAGCAGCAGUUACAAGGUGACCAUGGCAGAGCUGACAGAGCAGCAUGUGAUCUGCUAUGAGGUGGAGAAGGAUCUGCUUCCUCUGGUUUUGUCCAACUGUCAGUACAGCUUAGAACGUGGCCAUGAGACAAUAUCACAUUAUGACCUACCCAGGAUCCAGCAGCAGAUCCUCACCCGCUUUCUACAGGGAAAACCCCUCAUCACCUGCACAGGAAUCCCCACUCUGGUCAACACACAAGAGAGAGACUAUGAAACCAUUUUCAACGCUGUUAAAGGAAGAGUCCAUCAGAAGCCUCUGUCCUCUCUGACACGGAACGCUGUGUCCAGAGAGCUGAACUCCUUCAGUGAGGUGUGUGAGGCGUUCAAGAUCGUGGAGCUGCUCCUGGGUUUCCUCUCAGUGACGGGUGGUGAUCCCAUGAUGAAACUAGUCACUUACCUCCAGGACGUGCUGAAGAUGGCCGACCGCAUUGAUCAUCACAUAUUACAGGCUCUGGGCAGAUGCACCCUCAGACACUGUGUUUCACUGUGGCAGCUCCUCUCUUCUCUUAAAUCUGAAAACAUGCUGCGUCUCAGGAGGGAGCCCUUUUCGGGGUAUUCAGCUAAGUACCUGAAGCCACUGACAGAGAAGGACAAGACUGAGCUGAAAGGCUUCAUGUCCAUUGGAAAUGUGGACCAGUGGCUUCUUGAGAUGCAUGAGUUCCUCCUGCUGAGACUGGGUCGCCCCUGGGCCACUGACGACUUCAAUCCAUCCUGGGGUGUGAAAGAGACUGUGGCUGCCUACAUGGACAGCAAAGAAGUGGAGGUGCCCCCUUAUGUGGAGGGCAAGUUUCCUGAAAAUCUGCAGCUGUCUCAGAUUGUGGAGACCUGGAAAUACGCCAUCACCACCAAACAGGACUGGAUGAUGGAGAGAUGAACAGGAUGGGUUUACAGAGAUUUAUUAGGUUUAUCAGAUUAAUUUAUGUUAUACAGUCUAAUAGAAACUGAAUUUGUUUCAGUCUUAUUAAUUUUUUCUUUGAUAAUUAUAUAUGAAAAAAAACCUAAGACUGAUUAAUCUUGAGUGCCUUGAAUAUAUAGUUUGUUUGGUUUUUUUUCUUGUCAUGAGCCAGCUGUUCAUUUACUACUUAGCCUCAUUUGAAGAAAUUCCCAUAUAUUAUAAGCGUAUAUUUUAAUUUCAGUUGGAUUAAGUGUAUUUCACUAUGGACCACCAAAAUCAGAUAAUUAGGGUAAUGAGUCUGCAUGGUGGUAUGACAAAGUAGUAAAGAUACAAUACUGCAUGUUUUUUUAUUAUAUUUUUAUUAUUCUUACACAUUUAAGUACUUUGAAUGUUUAUUUUCAUUAAUAUGAAGGUAAAAUCUUUGAAGCAAAAUGUUUAGUUUAUGAGAUAAUGUCAAUUUCUUCUUAUUUUUUCAUCAUUAUCAUUACUAUUAGCAUUUUAGUUCAGUUUUUUGGUAUUUCUGCUUUAUUGAUAGUGGUUAUAAAGAGAGACAGGAAAGGCAGGGAAAGAGAGGGGAUGACAUGCAGCAGCCUGGGCCUCUGUGCUAAGGAUUCAACUUUGAUAUGUAGUACACAGUCUACCAGGUGAGCGACCAGAGUGCCCCUGUUUUAUCUUAUUUUUAUGUCUUUUUGUUCAGUCUGGUAAUGUUUAGGGUCAAUGGCACCAGAAAAUCAUGGACAAUAGUGUCUGUCAUGAUACCCAUAACAGCCUUUUUAUUAUAUUUUUAUCUUUAGGCCUGUUAAGUCUUUUUAUAUUUGUAUCUCAGUCUUUCAAGCUUUAUUUUAUUUUUAUCUUUAGGCCGCUAAGUCUUUAAAAAACUAUUUUAGCAAUAAAUCAGUUUUUAGAGCAUAAAACAAUAUGUGUUACAAGUGUGUUCUACAAUUUGUUUACAUACUUGUGACAGCAGAAAAACUACAAGUAUCUGAUUUUAUGUGAAAUGGCAUUUCUGCUUUCUUGAUAGUGAGAGUGGAGGGCAACAGGUAAGGCAGGGAAAGAGAGAGGUUGACAUGCAGCAAAGGGCCUGGGCCUCAGUGGUAAGGAUUCAGCUGAGCGACCAGAGUGCCCCUGUUUUUUCAUAUUUUUAUGUAUUUUUGUUCAGUCUGGUCAUGUUUGAAGUUGAUGAUGCGAGAAAAUCGGGGACAUAGUGUCUGUGAUGAUACCCGUAACUAUCUGCAGGGAAGUUUGAAACCAUGGAUAUGGAUGUGCUCUUUGAUUACUUUUUCUACUGUUAGAAAAUCUAAAAUCAGGAGACAGGAGGCAGAAUAUCUCCCAAUGCAUUUUAAGUCUUGAAUUUUUUUAAUCUUUUUAUCUUUAAGCCUUUGAAGUGUUAUAUUAUAUUAUAUUAUAUAUAUUAUAUAUUUUAUCUUAAGGCCCCUUAAGUAUUUUUAUAUUUUUAUCUUUAGGCUUUUUAAGUAUUAAAAAAACUACUGGUGACAGCUGAAAAACAGGUAUCUGAUUUUAUGUGAAGUGGUUAAAAGCAUGUAACCUUUCACAGUUAUAAGGCUGUAUGUUGUUUCUGUUUUUAAAGAUUUUUCUGCGAUAAUUAUGUUUGGAAAGAUUUAAAAAUAACCUUAAGGCCUUAAGACUGACUAAUCUUGAGUGCAAAAUGCUUUGAAUAUAUAGUUUUAGCGGUGUCACGAGCCAGCUACUCUUUUACUGCCUUUUAUUAAUAGAAAUAAUUUUAAGAAUCACUAUCUGAGCCUCAUUUGAACAACGUCUCAAUAUCUACUCAGGAAAAUGUUUGACUUUCACGAGCGUAUAUUUUAACUUUUUUAUAAUAUCUUUUACAGGAUUACAUUUACUUAUAUUUGUUUUGGAUUAAGUUUAUUUCACCAUUGACCACCAAAAUCAAAUAAUCAGAUCAAAUCAGUCUUCAUGGUGGUACGAUAAAGUAGUAGAGAAAAGAUAAGAUACUGCAUGUUUUUCAGUAUAUUUAUAUUCUUCUUACACAUUUAAGGACUUUGAAUUUUUAUUUGCGCUAAUGUGAAGGUAAAGUGAUCUUUGAAACAAAACAUUUGGUUUAAAAUGUAUGUUUAUUCAUAUUUUUAAAUCAUCAUUAUUAUUAUUAUUUUAAAGAUAGUUUUUUGGUAUUUCUGCUUUAUUGCUAGUGGUAGUAAAGAGAGACAGGAAAGGCAGGGAAAGAGAGAGGAUGAAAUGCAGCAAAGGGCCCGGGCCUCUGUGGUAAGGACUUAGCCUUGAUAACUUAUAUGCAUGGAUAUAGAAUCAGAAGCAGAACAUCUCCUAACACUUUUAAAGUCUUCUGAAACCUUUUUUAAAAAUUAUAUUUAUCUUUAAACUUUUUUCUAGAUAGAUGAAAUUGUCCUUUUUAGCAACUAUUUUUAGAAAGUAAACAAAAAUAAUGUGUGUUCCAUAAUCUGGCAGGCUGAAAAACUAGGUUCACUGAUUUUAUGUAUGACAAUGAAAAGCAUGUAACCUUUCACAGUUAUGAGGCUGUAAGCAGUAGAUAUUCAUUUGUAUGUGCUGAUUAAAGUUUAAGUCAUUAAUUGAUUAUUUGAUCAUUUGGAUUAAAUUUACAUUUGUUUUAACUAAUCAAUAAAUCAAUUUAUAUAUA